GCCGCGUGGGAAGUGGGAACUCCGCCGAGAGGCGCUCCCGCGGGCGCUGCUCGCCUUCCCCGCGUUGUCCACGCUCGACCUCUCCGCGUGUGCGGGCCUCGACGACACCUCCCUCGCUGCAGCGCUGCCUGAGGAGUCGUCGCUGCUCGUCCGCCAGGUGUGCCUCGCGUGGGUCAGCGGCGUCAGCUGGUGCGGCCUAGAGGCACUCGUAGCGCGCAUGCCGAGGCUCCGUCGACCUCUCGCACUGCGUCACAGUCGGCGACAGGGAGAUGACCACCCUCAUCGCGGCCACCAAGCUCAGGGAGAUCGUCAUGGACAAGUGCCUCGGCAUCACCUAUGUCAGGCUCACCAAGGUCUUCGUCGGAUGCCCUGGGCUCCAGAGGCUCAACCUCAAGUGGCGGCACGAGAUCUUCGACAUCGGCGUCGACAUGCUCGCCAAGAAGUGCCCCCAACUGCGUAGCCUCGACAUCUCCUGCCUCAAGACCCUUCAUUUGCUGUUGCACGAAGAAACCACGGAUCUGCUGCAGACGCCAUCGCUGGACUCGCAGCCCAAGGCGGGGGACGCAACACAGCCUGCUGCUGCUGCCAAGAAGGUAAGAGAUAAAAGCAGAAGUGCUCAUGUCUUCUCGUCUUGUCCAUGUUCAUGGUUUUGUCGAGAUAAUCUAUUCGUGUCGCUUGUUUGUGUUGUUCAUUUAUUUAAACCAGCAAGGUGUCGCGACGAGCCAGCCGUUGAGCGUGGUACGGAUCUAUGUAGUAUAGUUUGGGAAUUUUUGUAUCUUGCUUCUGAAAUUUCAAACAAGUUUACAAAAGCGCCAAGUUAAUCGAA